CAGUACUGCGGCAGACAUAGCUUUGUCCCGCCGCUCGUGAGCUCGUUCUGCUUUCCGUCCUCCACUCUGCGUCACGUUGACGUGAAGAAGUUAGACAUUUUCUAAUCAGAGAGUAUAAGACAAAACAGUUGUCUGCCGUCCAACAAACGUCAUGUAAGUGUACAUUUGUACGUUCUGUUUUGCUGUGUUGCUAAACGGAUACAGCGUGUCGCAAAACCCCGGUCUUACCUGUGCAGCCAGCCGUAACAUGCUGGAUCACUUUGUCUCAGAUGUACCUGGAAUAGUCCCAAACAGAGUUGGUCCUAUGAAAAUGGAGGAACUGUCUCUCAUGGCCCUGUUGGAAUGUCCCCUGUGCUUGGAACAGCUAGACGCAUCAGCUAAGGUCCUGCCCUGCCAGCACACUUUCUGUAAAUCCUGUUUACAAAGACAGGAGAAGGUGCACCCCCAGCUGCUGUGCCCAGAGUGCCAAACACCGGCCCUUGUACGGACAGCAGAGGAGCUCCCCACUAACCUCAUGCUUGUGCGACUUCUGGAGCAGCUGCAGGUCACCCAGGGGCCCACAAAGAUCACACUGAUGCCCCAUUACAAUGUGCCCUCAUCCCUCUCCCAGCCCAGAGUUGAAGACACUGAAGGAAUGCAGUUAGAAAGCUAUGGGCACAGGGACAAGCAAGGCCAGAGUGAGGUUUCUGCUAGAUCUUCAUUGCAAAACCAACGUAGAGUUUUGAUGAGUGACUCCGUCUUUAUCUCUGGAAAUGGAGUGUCCCUGGCAGAUGAAGACUUGGACUAUGGAAACCCCAAUGACAGCAGAAGGGUGUGCAGCAGUGCCCCCAGUGGCUUGGCACCUUUAUGCAGAGCACUUUCUGAUUUCAGCCCUCAAGAGAUGAACUUGCAGGACAGUCAGUACUGCCUCGCCUUCCUCAAGGGAGAUAUCCUCACUUUUAUCAGACGAGUGGAUGAACACUGGAUUGAAGCCAAGCUAGGGGCCAAAGCUGGAAUUUGCCCUCUGCAGUUUCUAGAGCCAAAUUCAGUGACCUCAAAACUACUUGAAGGUAAAGGUCGAAAGGGAAGUGACUCAAAAGAAUCCCAAUACUGGACCAGCAGUGGAAGCAAAAGCAAGGCCAUUGACGCAUCAAGUAGGACCACUCACAUCGGACCCCCUCAAAUCUCAGGACAGACAUCUAUUGUUAAUGCUCAGACCUUUUCUAACCAUCGGAAACAGCCCACAGCCACUGGGAAUAACCUGUAUACAUCCAAAGGUGAGGGGGCUGCCAUCAACAGCUUCAACCACAAGAGUCAUCACCACCGCUCUGUUCCCACAGCAGCUGGAAGCCACUCAUAUCCGUCCAGAGGGAACUCUCAGCGAAGACGUCACUCUGACAAUUCACACAGACGUCUGUCACAGAGUGAUAAGAGGAUGUCCAAUGAGGCUCCACCCACUCUGACACUGAUGAACCCUCAAAUGUCAUCAGCCGACGGCAUACACUCCUCCACACAGCAGCUUUCCAUCAGUGUUUGUGCUGUCCUCUACUCUUAUAAACCACGGCGUCCAGAAGAGCUGGAGCUGAGAAGAGGAGAAAUGGUGGGAGUAUAUGGCAAGUUUAAAGAAGGCUGGCUCCGUGGGCUAUCUUUACGAACUGGCAAAGUGGGCAUUUUACCAAGUAACUAUAUAACGCCUGUGCUGAGAACAUCUGCCAAACUUUUUGAGACGAAAGUAGCCAGUGCCUCGUCACAAUACAACUCACUAGCUGGGAGGAAACCCACAGCUGCUAGGAACCCUGCUGUGGUACUUGCCCUUGAUAAAGUAAAUGCUGAUGGAACAAUAUACCCAGCAGGACAAACUCCAGUUGUACCCAAUGGAGCACAGCAUACUAUAUCAUCAACAGGAAAAGGGUCCUUUCACGGGGGUUCUCAGGGUUGGGACACUGUUAGGCGCAUUUUCAACCCACACAGAGGGUUAAAUCAGUUCAACCAAAUGUCAAAUACAAAUAGCCCAUCCAACACAAGGCACUUUGCUCAAGUUCAAGCAUCUGGCUACUCACCAGCCUUGCAGAGAAAGAAGAACAUCAACAUCCUGACCAACUGUGUCAGACCAUUUGGAUGGAUGAGUGAGUCAAUAGCGCCCUCUGCUGCUUAUCACAAAGACAGGGACUUUUCUCCAGCACUUGAGCCAGCAUUUCAGCAGCCACCUACUGCUCCACAAUCUAUCCUUGUUAGACCUGACUCUCUUAGAAACCUAGGAGAAAAGCCUGCUAAGUCAGUGCGUUUCCUUACUGAUGAAGAAUCCCCACCUAUAAGAAGACGCACCUCCUCCUGGUCUGCGGGACAGGUUGCAUCUAGUACCCAGUCUGGGGUCUCUCCUCUGGAAAUAUGGGCGCCAUCACUCACACUGGGCAGAGAUGGACCAGGGAUAAUCCUGAAAGAAGGAAAAGCUAUUUUCAGAAAAGGCCUGGAAACAACUACUGCAGAUCUGAACUCAAAUGCUUCAGUAUUGCCCCAGCCAUCGUUUGCUGCUGUGUCAGCUCAAUUUAGCCCCACCAGACACAGAGUGACCAAAACUCAUUUAGCACAGAUGGACUCUGAGCUCACUCUAGUUCAAGGAGAGCUUGUACUGGUCCACAGACCGCGGCCUGAUGGACGUUUCCUUGUGACACAGGAAAGCAGUGGACACACAGGCUUGUUCCAAAAAAACAUCCUUCAAGUACUGGAGAGACUCAGCUGACUGAUAGUGUUUACCUGCUAUCAAAAUAUAAAAUUUUUGUUGUCAAGCUGCCAAAGAGGUCUGCAUAAGUAAACAAUGAGACACUAUGAGUUCCAAAGAAAUUAAUGCUGCCAAUUUGAAAUCCCACUGAUUGUAUUGCGUGCAUCAUGGUGUGCUGUGUCUAUAAGUUGUACGAUGUAGUGUAUGUUAUAUUUAUUUCCAUGGAUUUGUGUUUUAUUCUUUACACAUGCACAUUUUGCACAUAAAUCCCAUCUAAAUUCCCUACAUAUUAUCAGUGCUUGGUGAGUGCCUUUGUCCAGCUACAGAAAGCCUAUUAAAAAAUACAAUUUCUGUAAAUAAAAC